AUGCCACGCCACCUGCCGGCUGGAAUUCAACAUAUUUCCAUUAUUGGGUCUUGGAGCAACUUAGAUGCCGAUGGUGUUUACUUUAUGAUUCUCCAGGAUACCGAAAGUCAAUAUCAACAUAAAGUUUAUAUUGAUCAAUUAACGUACCGGUACGAAGCUAAACUAGAGAGGAUUGUCCAUUCCAACAGGUUAUUUCCAAUAUAUUGCCAGGUUGGUUUUCUUAACCUCAGGUCCAAUACAUUUACCUCCCAGACUAAACCUCUGCCUCCUGUAGGUUAUCAGUGGAGCGGUGGCAUUAGGGAGGAAGGCCGAUCUAGGAUGCCGCUGGGAGUAUCCCAAUUAGCCGAAAUGAGGCAUUCCCAGUCUUGCGGCUCUGUCUCUAACGCAGUCUUUGAUAUAGAAAUACGUGUGGAUGUUGCAGAAAGACUGAACGUGCUCUACCAGAAGAAUUGGACCCGGCUGGUAGACCACGAGCUGCAGCAGUUGGAACUCCAAGUGGCUGGGGCAGUCCAAGCGGGGCUCGCCGAGCAAGACGUACACUGGUCAUUCUUUGGUUCCCUUCUCUACUCCCUCAGCGUCAUCACCACCAUAGGAUGCGGUAACCUUGGUCCCAAAACCACAGAAGGUAAACUGGCUACGAUGGUCUAUGCUUUGGUCGGCGUUCCUCUGAUGUUAAUCUGUUUUUCACAUCUCGGAUCCAUCCUUGCUGAACUUAUCCAAUCAGCAUAUUCCUUUCUCUGCACAUGUUCUGUGAGAAGGAAACCAAACGAGAGGCUGGAGCUGGAAGAGAGGCGGUCGAUGCCUCGAGGCCUGGAGGUGGUCGGAGGCGGCUGCGGGCGGGCGGUCUGCAGGCUCACUUCGCUGGAGAGUGUCCUCGACUACCCCUCGCAGAAAGCCAUGCAGCACGACUCAGAUGACGAGGACUCGCCUAUCAGGAGGUGA